AUGAACUGCGCCGGUAUACAUCGUAAGAUGGGGACGCACAUAUCUAAAGUGAAGAGUCUGACUAUGGACAUGUGGACUAAGGAGCAGGUUGAAAUCAUGAAAAAUAUUGGAAACAUCAGGUCAAAUUUGCAGUACAAUCCAAACGAGACCCGACAUCCACCACCAACAAAUAUGAUUGAUUCCGAGCGAGACAGUGAUCUUGAGAAGUUCAUUCGAUCUAAGUAUGAGUUCAAGCUAUUCAUGAAGGCUACACUCCAUGCCCCAGCUCCGGCAUCAUCAUCGUCGACAUCCGACAAGCUCCCUAUUCCCCCUCUUCGCUCGCAGACCGCACCUGUACCGAACCCAGCCCCGACAACGUCUUCUCCUGGUCCACCAGUCCCACCUAAGACACCUAUACCUGCCCCUGCAACCUUUUCAGGUUCAUUCAAUCCUGGACAGUCACAAAUGCGAUCGGCAUCGCAACCAGUACCCGCGCCCCCACCGACCUUCGCGCCCCAGCAGCUAACUCAGAAUCCGCCUCAGCAGCAGUUGGCAGGCGGUACCCCUACAUGGAAUAGUCUUAUGUCCUUGCAAUCACCAUCGCUCUCACAGGCUCCAGGUGUGUUCCCGGCACCUACACCCUCCACUUCACUCGCAUCGUCUAUCCAACCCUCGAGCGCUUCAUUCUCCCACCCGACAAAUCCUUACAGCGCCCUUUCGGCAAGCCCCAGUUCUCCAUUUCCUUCUUCGCUAUCAACGGGCCCAAUGUCAGCCGCCCCUCCCGGAAGUGUCGGACGUAGUAUGAGUUUGAAUUCGGGGCUAGCAUUCAGCUCUAGCAUGGGUAUGGGUGGGAAUGCGGGCCUAGGUGUCGCUAGUCCUAGUGGUCCCGCAUCUUUCACAACAGCCCAGACUGGACUCGGCUUCUCAGCCCCACUUUCUACUUCGACGCCAGUGUCUAAUUCUAAUCCGUUCACGUCUUUCGCACCAGGGAGUAUUGGUAGUAAUAUAGGCAUGGGAAGUGGUGCCACACCAUUGGGGCAGCAGCAACCCUACUUCCUUGCACAAUCAGCUCCUUUUGGUCAGACAGGCCAGCAGCAACCUAUCCAGCCACGGCCAUCACCGCUGUUUCACGCGCAAUCCCUACCGCAACCUACACAAAUGCAAAUGCAAUCCCCCAUGUCCACGGCCUCGAACCCGUUCAUGCAAACACAGCAGGGACAGGCACAGUUCGGUGUCCAGAUGCAACCACAGUACAAUGCCACGCCAUCAGCUCCUUUCGGUCACCCCCAGACGUACCCUCCAGGAAACCCAUUUGCCGGGUGGCAAGCUGGCCAACCAGGUGGAUUUUCAGGACAGCAAUGGAGUGGUAUGUGA